AAGGGAGCUGUGUGUGAGUGUGAGUCAGUAAGAGGGGGCGAGGAGUGAUCGAGAUUCAGGGCGAAUCCGAAAUCCUGCUGCCAAAGGGAACUUGCUUUCAGUUGCGUGAUGCUUCAUGUAGUCGCAUUUCCCUGCAGACCUUUGUAAAAGGAGAAGCGUGUACAGGAGCAGAACUGACGACAUCAGAACAUCGGAAAGAGGAAAUGGAAACUGUUAUUUGCAAUUCAAAGCAUGACAAGUGGGGGGAAUCGUUCAGGGAGGGUGUGUUGCUGUCGUCUCUCUGACCGAAAUAUCAUUGGUUUUGUAAAAGAGAGACACAGGAUCACAGCCUCCUGCUGAGAGACUUCAUCGUGCCCAUUCGAGGACAGACAUAGAUGUUGCUCCCCCACAUUUGUUCCUGUCGGUGGAUCAGUGCUGAGGGAGCGGGCACUGUCGGAGGGUCAGUGCUGAGGGACCGGGCACUGUCGGAGGGCAGCCAAUCACUGGGAGCAUCGGAGUUCGAGCCCAUCACUUCCAAAGGUAGAGCAUGAUCGACUUGGCCAGAGGAGUGUGGAAUGAGGAGGAGAAGGGCGUCGUGGGGCAGGGUGUGCCCAAGGACUCUGUAACAGCUCCACGUCGAUGCAGCCCUGAAAAUGUGGCUGACGGGGGAAUUCUGAAGGACAUGGCUCCUGACAUUGAGGACACAUCGAGUGUGUCAUUCGCCACAUUGGCUCAGAAACCAUCCAUCUCAGGUCGUCAGAGAAGCUGGACAGACUUGGAACAGCUCAAGGCAGGAUCCCAGGUCUCUGUACCGAGCCCCUGUCUCACUGACUUCGAACUGGAGCAUGAAGGGAUGGACCCAGAGGGACAGAUGGAGUUGGCUCUGAUCCAGGGUGAACUUGAAGCUCAACGGAGGGAGUUAGAGAGAGAGCAGCGGUUUCAAGAGGAGCUUUGUUCCUGCAUUGCAGGACUCGACUGGACCCUGCUAUCUGAGAAAGACAAGGCCAGGGCAGAGCUGGAGAGCGCUCGGGGGAAAAUGGAGGCUGCUCAGAGGAGUUUCGGGGAGGCAGAGCGAUCAUCGGAGGAACAGCCGAGGUGUGGGCCCAAGGAACAGCCACAGGAGGAGGCCGAAGACCUGGAGGUGGCCCAGAAGAUUUUCGAGGAGCUGGAGUUUCAGUGGCUUGAGAGACUGAGCAGCUUGGAGGAGGAGAGGGAGACCCAGAAUCGGAAGUUGCAGGAGGAGCUGUCUCUGAGUCAGAAACGGGAGGCAGACAGAGAGGAGAGAGUGAGGAGCCUGGAUGAGCAGCUCGAGCAGAUCAAGGAGCAGGUUGACCGGGAUAGGCGGCAGAGAAAGGCCCUUGGCACGGACAAAGACGCGACCUCCCGUUCGGAGAAAUACAGUUCGACGGCGGAUGUUUCCGGAAUGCCCCUCGAGGGACCCAAUCGGACGAAGCAGCCCGUGGGGAUAGUGAGGAUGUCGAGGGAGCUGCUGGCGAGGGAGGCGCGCAGUGACCAAAGUGACGACACCCCCAGUGUAUUCUCCAUCACCCAGAUCGCAGCCACCCGCACCGUCCUCAGGGAGCGAGCAAUCUGUGGGAACAGUUCAGGAAGUCUGCCCCGAAGACGGCAUGCCAGCUAUGGAGCCCGGGACCUCAGUCGACCCGCCUCCCUCCACGAACAAGGUCUCAGUCACGCCCCCAUGCAGCUCCUCUCUCUGGUUACCCUCCAUCGAAGUCAAAGCUUCCAGCAGGAAAAGCUGCCCUGCUCCAGCUCUCCGCAUGGUAAUCCUCGCCUCAACCAGCUUCCCGACCGCCAGAGACCCCGGACAGAGUCAAGUGACAAAUUAUCCCGGUCCACCAGCCUCCGCAGCAAUGGCUGUUCCUUACAGACCCUGGUGGAAAUGGAGAGCAAGCUGAGGGCUGCUGUAGCCGAGAAGCAGCGCCUCCUGCAGGCAAAGGAGGCCCACAGGAAGGAGCAGGUGAUAAACCCCGAGGCAGAUCGAGACCGUCAGCAGGCAGAGCGCUCGGCUCCUUCUGACCGGCUUCGUCGUCCAAGUGAUCCCGAGAACUCCCAGUGUGUUCACCAGGCACCAAUUGCCCAGCCGACCUUUGACCUGCGUGCCCAUAUCGAAGCCUCGGGUCAUGCGGUAGAAGGAUGCAGACAUCUAACGCUGACGGGCAGGAGCUGCCGAGGACGUUUGACCAAGAUGGGGGGCCGCAUCAAAACAUGGAGGAAGAGGUGGUUUGUUUUCGACAUUGAUAGGAAGUGGCUGGCGUAUUUUACAGAUAAAGAGGAGACAAAGCUGAAAGGAGUUAUUUACUUCCAGGCUCUCGAGGAGAUUUAUUUUGACCACUUACGGAGAGCGCCCAAGAGUCCAAACCCACCCCUCACCUUCUGCUUGAAAACGUACGACAGGCUCUUCUACAUGGUCGCUCCGACAGACGUCACGCUCCGGAUCUGGAUGGAGGUCAUCCUCACAGCUGUAGAGGGCCAUGUUCGGUUUUGAGGAAUGCGCCUACGACCAGAGACUGACCUUUUGGGCCUAAGUCCACCUCAUCCCUGGCACUACACUCUCGGUUACGCUCCUCAGCAAGGUCGUCCAAGCGGGCCCCAGCCUGGAGGGAGUCGAUUUCUGUUUCGUUUUUUUCUUCUUUCUGAAAUCAACUUGUGCCUUUGAAGCUCAAAUGAUUAUUCGUCGAUUGGGACUUGGCGUUUGGUGGGGGGGUUAUUGGGGGAACGUGCAGGGUGAAUGUCUUAUAAAAUCCAAAUCCGGACCUGUUUAGAUGCUUUUAGGGGUUCUCCUCAGAGCAGGCCCUGUUAUUCUUGGGAGUUGGGUGCUGAUGCACUCAAGAUGGUAGCUUCAGCAACUUUUGUGCUGACAUUAGGACUGGUAUACUCAAGGUGGUGGCCAGAGAGUUACUGACACGGAUUUGAAGCUGAUAUUUUCUAGGCAGUGGCUUCUGUGCUACCUGCGCUGCUAUUAAACUUGAUAUGCUCAAAAUGGUGGGCAUUGGCUGCUGGUACACUCAAGAUGGUGGGUGUCUGGAACUAGUACAUCCAAGAUGGUGGGGAUCUGGCAGUGGUACACUCAAGAUGGCAGCCGCCGCUGUUCAGUCAGUGCUGGUACACUCAAGAUGGCGGCUGAAGUUGCUCAGUCAGUGCUGGUACACUCAAGAUGGCGGCAGCUGUUGUUCGAUCAAUGCUGGUACACUCAAGAUGGCAGCUUCUGCUUUUCGAUCAAUGAUGGUACACUCAAGAUGGCGGCUACAAACGCCCAAGCUGAGAGUUGGAGGAUUGGUUGUGGCAGGGAGAAUUGUUCAUGUGUUUCAGCAUGAAUUCCUCCAACAAGUUCCCACAGUUAGAAAAUGAUCUGCCGUCAGAGCAUUCCUGGGAACGUAGCAAGCCUUCGAAGAAGGAAUUGUGAGAUUUGAUGGGGCAACGUUGUUUUGAGUUUGACUGUGAAUUUCUUUUUGGCACGGAAGGAUUUUACUGAUCUCCAUUUCUGUUCAACAGGGAAACCGAGCACAGGAGCAGGUCUCAGAUUAGUGGGAGUGGGAUGGAAAUGCAGACUGGGCUGGCAGUGGGCCUCCCGUUUUCCGUGUGUGCUGUCUGGCUGAGUUGACUGAAUGGAUUCUGGUGUUUGGAACAGACACUUGGGAACUGUUUCACAGUUACUACAAACUGUGCCUGCCCCAUGACAGCGUAGACAAAGCUUUACUCUAUAUUUAACCCUGAGUUCUCCCUGUCCUGGGAGUGGACACUAUCUCCUUGUAUAACUGCGUUUGCUGCAUCAGGGGCUCCGAGCAGCCCCAGGCCACAUCCUGAUCCAGUAGGCCUUCCCAUUGGACACUGCAAAUGGCCAACCUUCAUCCAGCUUUCCCAGUGGCCUUUGUGAAGCCCUGGCACUGGAGUUGGUGCUUUGAACGGUACAGGAAGUGAAGCCCAUCUCUGCCCUUGUGCUCCAGAUGCCUGGGCCUCGGGCCUGGCUAAUGUGGUGUGAAAGGCCGAUAGUCGUGUGUAGGUGUGGUAAGGCCCAAUUGAAGGAGUGCGCAGCUUUCACUUUUCCGGGGCGAGCGAUCCAGUGGAUCACAAAUGUAAUGGUCACUGCCCAGUGCUGCCCAUUACCACGCCCCCCCCUCCUUCACCUGAUCGCCCUGUCAGCAUUGCCGUCCGCACAGCUUCAUACUCAAUGGGGCCUCCAAUUGGUUGAAGGACUUCCAGCCAAGCCGCCAUAUUGGGUGGGCACUUGCCUCUGAUGGGCCCACCAUCCUCACAGCCAAUGGGAGGCACGGCAGACUCUCGGUGAACCCAACUGGAAGGUCAUUGACCUGGCUGCCAAGGGGCUGGACCUCCCAGCUUACCCCCCCAUCCCCCCCACCAACCCUCAACCAAUCCCCACCAUCUCCACCUUCCAACUUCCCGUACCUUGGAAAUGCGAAAAUGCCCAAUUUCCUUUGAGACUCUUCCAGGAUCCUUCAUAUCCCUCUCUCUGCGGAAAGUUGCUCAGGAUGUGGGAAAUUUAGUCAUUGAUGACCUUGGGCUGUUUCUGGGGAGUUCACAGCCCGGUCCUGCAGGACAUCUAGAGCUUUGACCAAGGUUCCCAAGGUGAGUGAUGGGGUUAAAGUUCCAGCAGCCUACACAUUGGAAUGUUCAUGUGCCUCCGGUGGGAUUGCAUGGGACUCCAUUGUCGAGAUAUCUCCCCUCUUCAUGUCUGUUCCCAGAUGUAAGCUCUGCUUGGCCCUGACACCUGUCAUUCAUUUGGUAGAUCCCAUGAGGAAGAGAGGGGAAGGAUCAUGGUUUGUCUUACAAGGAAAUUGCUCUGUUUGGAGCUGGGUUUUGCUCAAGAUGUGGGCUGAAUGGGGAAGGGGUUUUCCACUGGGACUCUCUCGAUGGGAAGGAAUGGGAAGGAGUUUUAACACUGGGACUCUCUCGAUGGGAAGGAGUUUUUCCACUGGGACUCUCUCUCGAUGGGAAGGAAUGGGAAGGGGUUUGACCCACUGGGAUUGUGUAGUGUGGGAGAGAAUGGGAGGGGGUUUGAGUCCAUUGGGAUUGUGUCCAAUGGGAGUGAAUGCGGAAGGGAUUUAGGUCUACUGGGUCUCUGUCCAAUGGGAGUGAAUGGGAAGGAUUUUGAUCCAAUGGGAUUGUCUAGAGUGGGUGUGAAUGGGGAAGGGCUUGGGUCGAAUGGGAUUGCGCAGCUUGGGAAUGAAUGGGCACGGAUUUGGGAUCCAAGGAGAUUGUGCCCUGUUGGAGUGAAUGGAAAAUAUUUUGGUCCAUCGGGAUUGCGUCCAAUCAGAAUGGGUUGGAUCGAGCAACUUUUACAUUGACCUUCCCAGUGGUUACAGUUGCUGAAUAUUAUGGGUUGAUUUGGAAAAUAAUCCAUGAGAGUUUGGCUCAAUAAAUGAAGGAGAUCAGUGUGCGUGGAGAGCAGAUCGAUAAGGGAUGGGGCAACUGUGAAAAGCUAACUGCUUUUAUCUGGUUGGAUCUUGCUGUACAAUCUUUGUGUGCACUGACCACAGCUGAAAUAAAACCAAGACCGAU